AAGAUGGUUUUGAAGACUGAUAGCUCCUUCUACCCAAAGCCGAGCGCAGAGUGAGAGAAACCCUAGGUAAGGAACAAUGCCGGCUGGUCACGGUUUGAGAUCUCGCACCAGAGAUUCAUUCUCUCGUCCCUUCAGGAAGAAGGGAACCAUCGCGCUCACUACUUAUCUUCGAACUUACCACAUCGGCGAUUAUGUCGACAUUAAGGUUAACGGUGCCGUCCACAAGGGUAUGCCUCACAAGUUUUACCAUGGCCGCACCGGUCGCGUCUGGAAUGUCACCAAACGCGCCAUUGGUGUCGAGGUUAACAAACAGGUGGGGAACAGAAUUAUUAGAAAGAGGAUUCAUGUGCGUGUUGAGCACGUGAUGCCUUCAAGGUGCACCGAGGAGUUCCGUUUGAGGAAGAUCAAGAAUGAUCAACUCAAGGCGGAUGCCAAGGCAAGUGGUGAGAAAAUUAGCACCAAGAGACAACCUGAGGGUCCUAAACCAGGUUUCAUGGUCGAAGGAGCUACAUUGGAAACCGUCACUCCCAUUCCCUAUGAUGUGGUCAACGAUCUUAAAGGAGGAUAUUAGUUUUAUUUCUGUUUGUUGGUUUGCCCAGUUUUUUUGUUUUUAGUUUAUCCUCUGUCAGGCGACUUGUGAACAAUUUUGGUUGUUUGAUUCUCUAAAUACAAUUAUAUGUUCUAUUUUAUUCCGUUUUUAAUGAGUUUUACAUCCUAUGAUUUGCGAA